GCUCAAUCCCGUCGUGGACUCGGGAUAAAGCGAUUGAGGUGGCGGCUGUGGGGAAGUUAUUUGGCGUGUAGGAGGGAGGGGGACAAAUGAGCCAAAAUGACCGACACAGAAGUGCAAGGCGCUCCUCUGUCAGCCCCGGCGACCGAACCAACUCAGCCCGAGCGGAAAGUGAUUGCUACUUUAGUGCAAGGAACUGUGAAAUGGUUUAAUGUACGCAAUGGCUAUGGCUUCAUCAACAGAAAUGACACAAAAGAGGAUGUAUUUGUCCAUCAGACGGCCAUUAAGAAAAACAAUCCCAGAAAGUUUCUCAGGAGUGUAGGGGAUGGGGAGAUUGUGGAGUUUGAUGUAGUUGAAGCAGCUAAAGGCUCAGAGGCUGCUAAUGUGACUGGUCCAGGAGGGGUUCCAGUUAAAGGCAGCCGCUACGCCCCAAACAAACGCAGAUUUCGCAGACGCUUCUUUCCUCGUCCUGCACGGUCUGCACAGGAUGAUGGGAAAGCUGGUGAUUCCUCUGCUGGUCCCACUUCUGAGGGGGAGGGACAAAAUGGAGCACCCCAACCUGGGCCACGGCGCCGCCGUCAGCGCAGGAGACCAGAUUCACAACCGCAAACUGAAGGAGAAUCAGCAGGUGAGCAGAAGGAGGUAGCAGAUGGUAGCCAACAGAGACCGCCACCAAACAGGUUCAGACCUCGAUACCGCAGGCCUUUCCGUCCUCGUCCACCACCUGGAGAGAUUCAGUCAGGCGCUCCUGCAGAGGGCCAGAAGGAAACCUCAAAAGAAGGUCAGAGCAAUGGCGAGCAAACUGAUGGGCAAGCUCAGAAAUCACGUCGACAAUUCAGCCGCCGUCGACAAAGAAAUUCUGACUCGACAACUUCUAAAGAUGGUGCAGAUAAAUUGGACAAAGUGGAGCCUGCCUCACCUACUAUGCAACCUAAGCCAGCUGAUGACAAAACCUCACCGAAACAAUCCCAGAAAGCAGAUGAGGUAGCUUCUGAUUCCAUGCCUGUGGCGUGACUUCCAUAACCUGGAGGAAGUCUCAUGACCCUGGCAAGAGGUCUCUGGAUGAGCUGGGGUGGUGUUUCAGCAAGCCCUCUACUGAUGUGCACACUACCCUUCCCUCCUUCAUACCUCUUGCCUGAACUCUUUAGUAUAGACCCUUCAUUUGGUGAGCGAGAGGGAAGAGGAGUGACAAAUAUAUUUUGGACUUGUGUCUUUAAAGGGGGAUCUAAAAAUAGACUUGCUCAAAAAGCCCAAUAUAUUUACAUUGUCUCCCUUUUAAUUCAGUGAUUUUGGGUGUGAGCAGCUGAAAUGAGAACCAGUUUGGCACUUUAAGUUUGGGGGUAAAAACUGAAUGUGUGAGGGGUGGUGUGUAUAGAGUAUGCAUCCAUCCUUUUACCAGUGGCUAAAUGUGGGGAAAUGCAAUAGGCCUAUUCAUUUAAAAGAUGCAAACUGGUUGUUUCUUAUUUUUUCUUUUCUUUUUUUUUUUUUUUUGUUUUUGUUUAUUUUGGUUGAUUUACUUGGAAGGGAUUAUGUGCAAUGUCAUUAAAUUGAAAUAUCUAUAAAA